AUGGAUAGGAGAACAUUUGCCAUUUUGUGUCACCACCUUAGAACUAUUGAGGGUUUGAAAGGAACCAAAAAUAUGGAUGUUGAAGAAAUGGUUGCUAUGUUUUUAUAUAUUGUAUCUCAUGACAUUAAGAAUAGAAUUAUGAGACGACAAUUUGCAUGUUCGGGUGAAACAAUUAGUAGACAAUUUAAUGCGGUUUUAAAUGUUUUGUUGUGCCUUCACGAGUUAUUGUUAAGAAAACCUGAACCAAUUCUUGGUAGUUCAACUGAUGAGAGAUGGAAGUGGUUUAAGAAUUGUUUGGCAGCACUAGAUGGUACAUACAUUAAAGUCAAUGUGUCCGCCUUAGAUAGGCCUAGGUACCGGACUAGAAAGAGCGAAAUUGCUACUAAUGUAUUAGGUGUAGUCUCACAAGAUAUGCAAUUUAUUUAUGUCUUACCUGGAUGGGAAGGAUCAGCUGCCGACUCUAGAGUGUUACGAGAUGCCAUAUCUAGGACAAAUGGGUUGAAAGUUCCACAAGCUCGAAAUGUAGUAGAGAGAGCAUUUGGACUAUUGAAGGGGCGAUGGGCAAUUCUUAGAGGUAGAUCAUACUAUCCUGUCAAAAUUCAAUGUCGAAUUAUUUUGGCAUGCUGCCUUCUUCACAACUUGAUUAGAAGAGAAAUGCCUAUCGAUCCUCUAGAACAAGCAAUAGGGGAAAGUGAGGAGGACAAUUGUGAUGAAGAUGAAAGUGUAGGCAAUGAUCAUUAUACACAUUGA